AUGCAUGGGUGGUGUCGUUGGAUUAAUUAUCUUGACCCUAUUGGUUAUGCCUUCGAAGCUUUGAUUGCAAAUGAGUUCCAUGGACGUGAAUUUAAAUGCGCACAAUUUGUUCCUUCUGGUCCAGGAUACCCAACGUCUGGUGAUUCUAUAAUUUGUUCCGUUGUUGGUGCCGUAACUGGCAGGGAUUAUGUGAGUGGAGACGCUUAUAUUAAUGAACAGUAUGUGUAUUACUGGAGUCAUAGAUGGAGAAAUUGGGGAAUUGUUGUAGCCUUUGUUGUUUUCUUUUUAGUUGUGCAUAUUAUGAUAUGUGAAUAUAACAAGGGUGCUAUGCAAAAAGGAGAAAUAUUAUUGUUCCAAAGAAGUACUUUGAAGAAAAAUAGGUUGAAGCGGAAGGAUAUUGAAAGUGGAAAUAUUGAAAAAGUUGAUCCAGUAUCCAAUAAUGAAAAAACCUUCGAUAAUGAAAUGGAGAGCAGAUUACCUUCAGCUGGAGAUAUAUUUCAUUGGCGUAAAUUAACUUACCACGUUAAAAUCAAAUCAGAAGAUAGAGUGAUUUUGAAUGACGUUGAUGGAUGGGUUAAGCCUGGCCAG